UGCGGGCGGUGCUAGUGGCGGGAGGAGUAAAGAUGGCGGCGCGUGGGUCUCCGCCCUCUGCUCCCGGCUGAAGCGCUCUGAGGGAGGUGGCAGCGGCAACCCGAGCCUCAACAGUAAUUUAGUGUUGGUAGUUUCUGCAGCAGCAGCCGAGGCCGGAGCAAUGGCGGAGCUGGAGCAUAUAGGAGGGAAGCGGGCAGAGUCGGCGCGAAUGCGGCGGGCAGAGCAGCUUCGGCGCUGGCGGGGCUCACUGACAGAGCAGGAGCCUGCGGAGCGACGAGGCACGGGGCGGCAGCCGCUGACCAGGCGCGGGAGCCCCAGGGUCCGCUUCGAAGACGGUGCUGUCUUCCUGGCCGCCUGCUCUAGCGGGGACACCGACGAGGUGAAAAAGCUUCUGGCAAGAGGUGCCGAUAUCAACACUGUCAACGUCGACGGCUUGACAGCCCUGCACCAGGCCUGUAUUGAUGAAAAUUUGGACAUGGUGAAGUUUCUGGUGGAGAACAGAGCCAAUGUAAACCAGCAAGACAACGAGGGCUGGACACCCCUUCAUGCAGCAGCUUCCUGUGGCUAUCUCAACAUAGCAGAGUAUUUCAUUAACCACGGAGCCAGUGUAGGUAUUGUCAAUAGUGAAGGUGAAGUUCCCUCUGACCUUGCAGAAGAGCUAGCCAUGAAGGAUCUUCUUCUGGAGCAAGUAAAGAAGCAAGGAGUUGAUCUAGAGCAGUCAAGAAAAGAAGAAGAGCAGCAGAUGUUGCAGGAUGCCCGCCAGUGGCUCAACAGUGGGAAAAUAGAGGAUGUGAGGCAGGCUCGCUCAGGGGCUACAGCCCUUCAUGUGGCUGCUGCCAAGGGCUACUCUGAAGUUCUCAGACUUUUAAUUCAGGCUGGCUAUGAACUCAAUGUUCAGGAUUACGAUGGCUGGACUCCUCUCCAUGCUGCUGCACACUGGGGAGUGAAGGAGGCUUGCUCCAUCCUGGCAGAAGCACUCUGUGACAUGGAUAUUCGAAACAAACUGGGCCAGACACCAUUUGACGUAGCUGAUGAGGGUCUCGUGGAACAUUUGGAGAUGCUCCAGAAGAAGCAGAAUGUGCUUCGAAGUGAAAAGGAGACACGGAAUAAACUCAUUGAGUCAGACCUAAAUAGCAAGAUGCAGAGUGGGCUCUUUAAAAACAAAGAGAAGAUGCUGUAUGAGGAGGAGACUCCUAAGUCCCAAGAGACGGGGGAAGAAAACAAAGAAUCUAGUAGCUCCAGCUCAGAGGAGGAGGAAGGUGAAGAUGAAGCUUCUGAGUCAGAAACUGAGAAGGAGGCAGAUAAAAAGACAGAAGUCUUUGUCAACCAUUCCAACUCUGAAAGCAAGAGUAGUAUCACGGAGCAGAUACCAGCACCAGCUCAAAAUACCUUCUCUUCCUCUUCUGCUAGGAGGUUCUCUUCUGGCCUUUUUAACAAGCCGGAAGAGCCCAAAGAUGAAUCUCCUUCUUCAUGGAGAUUGGGACUGAGAAAAACUGGCAGCCACAACAUGCUGAGUGAGGUGGCCAAUUCCAGGGAACCUCUAAGGGACCGAGGCUCUUCCGUCUACCGCUCUUCUUCAAGCCCUCGAAUUUCUGCUCUGCUGGACAACAAAGAUAAGGAGAGAGAAAACAAAAGCUAUAUUAGUUCACUAGCACCCCGGAAGCUCAAUAGUACAAGUGACAUUGAAGAAAAGGAGAACAGAGAAUCAGCUGUUAAUCUAGUGAGGAGUGGCUCCUAUACCCGGCAGCUAUGGAGGGAUGAAGCAAAGGGAAAUGAAACCCCACAGACAAUUGCUCCCUCCACUUAUGUAUCAACCUACUUGAAAAGUGCUUCAUUUGGUAGGAGUAGUGACCCCACAAGUCCCUACAUUUCAGCCAAUCGCAAUUCAUCUCCUGCUACCUCACCCAUUACCAUUGGUUCAUCUACCUCUCGGGGCAGCCAGUGGCAACCUGCCUCUUCUUGCCCUGCACCAAUCAGUGCAAACACUACUGCAUCUGUACAUCAUGGCAGGAUUCCUCACAAAUCCCAGACUGACUCCACAGCAGAGAAAACAGCAGACAAUGUCUCUUCUAGCACCCCGCUUUGUGUGAUUACCAAUCACCCUCUGCCAAGCACUGCCAAUGGGGUUACAACUACUCCUGUGCUCUCCGUUACUGGAACAGACUCCUCUGUGGAAGCCAGGGAGAAGAGGAGGUCCUAUCUGACUCCUGUACGGGAUGAAGAAGCAGAGUCUUUACGGAAAGCACGCUCCAGACAAGCUCGGCAGACACGAAGGUCUACUCAAGGUGUCACCCUAACAGAUCUUCAAGAAGCAGAAAGGACUUUCAGCCGGUCGAGGGCAGAGAGAAAAGCUCAGGAGCAGCCUUGUGAGAAGCCCACAGACACUGAAGGGGGGCUUGAGGGGAGCCCUGAGAAGCAUGAGCCCUCAGCAGUCCCAGCAACGGAAGCUGGGGAGGGCCAGCAGCCCUGGGGCAGGAGUCUGGAUGAAGAGCCUAUCGGUCAUCGCCUGAGGUGUCCAACUCAGCCAGACAAACCCACCACGCCAACAUCUCCUUCUACAUCAACACCCUCACUCUACACCAGUUCCAGUUCCCACUUGCUACGGACAAAUAGAUUCUCAGACCCUGAUUCUGAGAGUUCAAAGACUACCACGAACACUACAACUGCAAAGGAAAUGGACAAAAAUGAGAAUGAAGAAGCAGAUUUGGAUGAGCAGUCCUCUAAGAGGCUGUCCAUCCGAGAGAGGAGGCGGCCCAAGGAACGGCGAAGAGGCACAGGCAUCAAUUUCUGGACAAAGGAUGAGGAUGAAACUGAUGUCUCUGAAGAGGUCAAAGCAGCAUGGCAUGAAAGACUUUCUAGGUUGGAAUCAGGAGGUAGUAAUCCUACAACCAGUGAUUCUUAUGGUGACCGGGCUUCAGCAAGAGCCCGUCGGGAGGCCCGGGAGGCCCGUCUAGCCACCCUGACCAGCCGUGUAGAAGAAGACAGCAACAGAGAUUAUAAAAAACUCUAUGAGAGUGCCCUGACUGAAAAUCAAAAACUGAAAACAAAACUUCAGGAGGCCCAGCUAGAGCUAGCAGAUAUAAAAUCCAAGCUUGAGAAGGUGGCCCAGCAAAAACAAGAAAAGACCUCUGACCGAUCAUCAGUGCUGGAGAUGGAGAAACGGGAGAGGCGAGCCUUGGAGCGCAAAAUGUCAGAAAUGGAGGAAGAAAUGAAGGUGUUAACAGAACUGAAAUCCGACAACCAGAGGCUGAAAGAUGAAAAUGGUGCCCUCAUCAGAGUCAUCAGCAAACUGUCCAAAUAGGCUAGGCUCCAGAAUUAUGAGGAAGGAAAAGGACAGCAUUUGCUGCCUCCACCCUCUUUCCAGUCCUUGCCUUCCAACCAAACGAAAUGGAUGUUUUGGUGGAAGGACACUUCUAACACCCUUUUCAGUCACCUCUGUACACCCUACAUUUUCUCUGCACUCUCAAUGCCCUGUUCUUCCUACACCCCUAUCCCAAGUUUUAUGACAGUUUUAAUUGAAGCAUGAUUGUGAUCAUUCGAGCCAUCUGGAGAGUGCUCUGGGGAGUACACCAGGCUCAGCUGUGGACCCCUCAACUUCCUGCUGCUCAGCUGCUUUGUCCACAUUGGAUUUGGUCCAAACAUGUAAGGCUUCUACCCAAAUCAGUAUCCUUCAGCUUUUUACAUUGACUUAGUGUCCUCUGAUACAGGCGAUUCUUGUGGUAGCCACGCCAGGAUCCUGACUGAGGUGCCAAGAGCAACAGCAGGAUGUUGAGUUGAUCAUUGGAUGGUCUCUGGAGCUGUUAGAGUCCAAGGUGACAGUGGCUGCAUCGAGGCGUUCUAUUCUUCUUCACCUCUCAGGAACUGACUUAAUGGUAUUUUUUCUAUCAACACCCCAGUACUCCCUGAUUAAUUUUAACCCUUCUUUCUCCCUCAUACCUAGUCCUUUCUCCAAGGCGCAAAUGGCCCUGGCUUCAUUUAUUCCUUUGCUUUCUGUCCUUGUAUUUUUUUUUUUCUCCUCACUCUCCCACCCCCUCACUCAAUGGUGUAAAAUCUAGGACAGAGCACCUGACUUCAGUUGUCCUUGUCCAUUGUGGGAAAUCAUUAUUCUGGAGACAAGAAAAUCAUCACUCUGGUGCCUUGGUGGCAGCACCACUGCCCCCUCCCUAAAAGCCAGACCAUGGCAUAAGUGUCAGCUCAUUGUUUUCAUCUCCCACUUAUCUUCCCCCUGCAAAGUGAUUUUCUUUGUAAAAAAAAAUCUGGGCUCUGAAUACCCUAUUGUGCCGCCCUUCCUUGACCUUGUUUUCCUCUCUUCACACUGACACCUGCUUCUAAUGAGAAAUGAUGUCAGUGCAAGGAGGAAUGAGAGGUGAGAAGGGGAGAUGGUUGGGAGACGGACUAGGAAAUGGAAGUAGGCUGGAAAGACACAUACGGCAAAGUCAAGUAUCUGAGGCCACUUGCAACAUUGUGAGAAAGAAGAUGUAUGAUAGCAGCCCAUUAGGCUGUGAGAAUCGUGGUGAAUUUGAUUAUUUCCAAUGGUUAGAUUUAGGGGAGAGAUUUACGUUCUUAGAAAUUAAUAGGGCAAACGGCACUUAAUAGGGGUUUAAUGGAAUGAAGUACUUUUCAACCCAGUGACAAGAGUCAUGGAAGUUUAGAGUGGAAAGGCCCGGAGGUCAGUAGGUCCAGCUUUCUAUUAUUCUGUCACAGGGACCCCUGCUACCGCAGCUUUGACCCAUGGGCAUGGUCAGGUAGCCUCUGGUGGCUAUGCAAUUAUUACUCAAAAGUUAGGCAACUCUAAUAAUGAGAGAGUUUUUCCUAAUAUGUGUUGAAGUCUGCCUGUGGAUUCUCCUUGUAGUCCAGAUCUAUCUGCAGCUCUUUAACAGCCCUUCAGAUACGUACAGUGGGUGGUCUCCCCUCAGUCUUACUUUGAGCUGCCGUUACCCUGGUCCUAGUCCUUUCAGUUAUCCCUCAUAUGGCAUGCUUUUCUUACCUGUCACAUCCUCCUCUAGACAAAACCAGCCUUUAAAAAUAUCAUGCCCAGGCCUGGAGAGAAUACUCCACAAAUCCAGUGCAAAAUUAAACCUUUAGUUCUUGAUGAUAACUUAGCAUUAAUACUUAAAGUAUUUUCCUUUUGUAGGAGUUUUAUCCCUGGGUUCAUUUGAGUGUACAGGUCAUUAAAUCCUCAUCAUUUCAGGGUUGCCAACGAUAUUCGGUGUUUAGAGUGGUUCAUUUCCUUAACAUAUACUACCUCUGUCUGUUAAUUCCUUUCCUGACAUGACGUGUAGCUCUCUAUAUGGCCCUCUGUCUGAAACAUCAUAUGCCCUUUAAACUAGAAGCUGUAGCUCAAGAUCCCAAUUCCAGAACAGGAGAUAUGUUUCCUCUGACAAAACCCCAUUUUUAGAGUAUAUAAAAUUCUGUCUUCCAUUUCCAACCAUUUUUCAAGAGAAGCUGAUACUCUCUUGAGACUUUGUAUUAUCAUGGGAAUACUGUAAGUUCAGUUCUCAGGGAAUGCUAAAUUAGAGUAGUAAGUUUUAUAUCUUUCACUAUAAGCAUUUCCUUCAUUCUGGGAGAGGAAAUCAACACAAGGUGUUGACUAAUUAAUUAUCCUGGCACAUUUUGAAUAUUGGGGAAGGAAGAUCAUACUUCUUAAGAAAAUUGGAUUACUAGGAAUACAUCUUUACCCCUUUCCACUCAAUAGACCAGAGAAAGGGAUUACAAAGAGUCCCGUCAGAUCUGUUUGUGCCUUUCAAAAGUAUUGGGGGCAGGUUCUCAAAACUCUUAGAUUGGUGUUGUACCCCUGCCACUUCACACGGCCCUUUCAUGUUAAAGCUCACUUUUCUUGCCAAAAAGUUUUCCUUGUGACAAGAAAUUUGCCAGCUUUUCAAUCUCAGGAAUACUGGAUUCUAUGGCCAAGAACUCAUGAAAAUGUAAGCUCUCCUAGGUAAUUUCAAGUACUUUCUCUUAUGCAAUUAAUUUUAGAUGAACUGAUUUCUGGUCUAUCUCCAGAGAUAAAAUAACCAUUCUUUCACAACUGUAUUGUCUGGAAGCCCAAAAAGGUGGUAGUUAUAGGCCUUCUACUAACCAGCAGUUCUCUCUGGAUACUGGCAUCAGCAGGUCUCCCUUUUCUUGUGCUGCUUAGACAGGUACCUACCGCUAGCCUCUUCAGUGGCCACAAUCCUCAGUCCUCACCUGCUGGUUUGGAUACUGAUGAGCACCCCAGGCAGCUCAAGCUGAAUGAAUAGCUGCAGACUUGGCCAACAACAUGAGCUCAGGCCUAUCACUUAGAGUCUUUACAUGAAGUAUCAGAAUGGGGAAGAGAAUGUUCUUGGUACAGCCUUACACCCUCUGUUUUCAUUAAUUUGUUAUUUUUCAGAAACUGAGUCACACCUUUGGAAGUAAUGAUUUGGCCAUUCCAGAGAUUCUGUUGCUAAAGUUCGCCUGUUUGUCUUUCCAGGGCUGCUGACCCUUUUCCAGAUAGCUCCAGAGUAUGAUGACCCCUAGCCCCAUCCCAGUCUGUAGUGAAAGGGUUAUGUGAAUCUCAGGGUGUUGCCACUAAAGAAUCUAAAGAAUAGACAUGCUUUGGGCUUACUCAGUGCACUAGAUUCUCUAGUGGGCCAUUGUCACUUGAUGUUCCCUAGAGCUGCUGUGUCUUCCAGCUGCAGGAUGUGUUUGCUUCUCUUCUGGGCUUUCCCUGGUUUCUGUCCUAGUUCCCACCCCAGGUUUAAGAACACUUAGAUUCAUUUAUUGCUAUCUGAGGCCACUAGUGAGAUUUCAGAUCUGUGUUUUGCAACAUUUUACCCAUUUCCCUUCCCCAAACCAUGUUCUUAUUAGAUGGUUCCACUCAGGAGGCAAGGAAGCUAAAACUCAUUGUCUGUGGAUCCUACAAAAGUAUGUGUGAAUUACUGUUUCUCUACUAGGGGCAUUUCAUUGAGCCAAAGAUGAUGGAAGAAGAAACCUCAAAGCCAUGUACUUUGUUAGGUGUCUGGAUUUUUGUCCUCUUUGCAGCCUUUCGUAGCCACAGACAGACACUGUCUCCCCUCAGAGAAAGGCCAGUGUUUCAGUCCAGGCUACUGGUGCGUGUUGGCACUCAUGAGGUGGGGCAUGGGGUAAGCAGAAGAAGCCUGGAGAAGAGAGAACUAUUUAAAGUGUCACCAGUUAUUCAGCUUCCAGGCGGCUUUACACCUCAAAAGGUACAAAAAGGAAAAAGAAAGCAUAAAGGAUUCAGAAUUUAAGCAAAAAGGAAAGGGAAACUACCAGAUGAGGCACUGGUUCCACCGGAGCUUAUCAGUGAGGUAACACUGCAGGAGGCCUGGUGUCCUUCCCUCAGAGAUAUCAUCAGGGGUCCUCAGAUCCCAUUGUUUAUGCCAGCACUGCACUUUAAGCACAGGGUUAUCAGUCAGAGGUGGUGUAAUUGGCCUAAAUCUAGGCCCAGUGAUUACUACAGAUACCAUACUCUAUCACCCAGGCUGGAGUGCAGUUGUGUGAUCUGCAGCUCACUGCAACCUCUGCCUCCCAGGCUCAAGCAAUCCUCUCACCUCAGCCUCUCAAGCAGCUAGGACCGCAGGUCUGCACCACCAUGCCCAGAUAAUUUUUGUGUUUUUUUGUAGAGACAGGGUUUUGCCAUGUUGCCCAGGCUGGUCUCGAACUGCUGGGCUCAAGUGAUCCACCUGGCUGGGCCUCCCAAAGUGGCAGGAUUACAGACACAAGUUACCACGUCCAGCCCAUCAUAUUGAUUUUCAAGGCAGGGUCUAACCCCUCAUAAGAUGUGAGUUCUUCCGACACAAUAAGCAAGGCAGCUUUGAGGACAGAAAAAAGCAAUAUAAAAAGAUAAGGUCUUAGAACAUCUGUAUUCCAAGGCCAUCCCUUCUUUUAGCCAUGUGACUUUGGGCAGGUCACCCUCACUGUAAAAUGAGGUUGGACUGGAUAAUUUUUAUGUGCCCUUUCCUAUUGGCUUAGAAUUCCGUGAUUUAUUCAUUCUUAGAAAGAUCAGAAUAUUUCUUGGGAUUUCUGCUUAAAAAAUUCUAACCUCAAAAAUCGAAGUGCAAAAAUUUUUGUUUUCAUCUGGUUUUAAAGCUGUUUAACAUGAGCACAUCAAGGCUGACUUCUCAUCCUUGUUGGGAAGCGAAUUUAAUAUUGCGGGUAAUUGAAUGCUGUUGCAAUGGCUUUCCCUCCUAAUGGCUUGGUAAGAUUAUUAAAGCCUGCAGAGGUGGAAAUUGGAGCUCAUGGGGAAAUGGAUAGAAACCAAUUUGUUGCAAGCAGCCUUUGGACAAGUUGUUUUAAUAGGAAAUAGACCUGCUGCUUCAUAGGUUUCCUCAACCACCUUUCCUCAGCUUUCUCAAAAUGUGAUCUACAUUGGCUCUUCACACCCAAAUAGCAGACCAACAGUUUUUCUGUUCAGCACCAUCUGGUUCAUUGUCUUGAACUCUGCCUUACAGCAGCAAGAUAAUUUUCCUCGAUAAAAACCUCAAUCUUGAGUUCCACUGAGCUCCUCCUCUGGAUCCUGGACUAUCAGAAGUAGGAAGUUCUGGUACUGUUCAAGAUGGUCUUUCCUUCAAAGCAGGUCUGAAGAGGAGACUACCAAAGCAGUAAGUGUUUACAGACCCAGAGUCCACACAACCACAUUGCAUAGAACAGCACUUGGCCUCCGCAGGCUUCCUAUAGGACUGGGUAUAAUUGGAGUGAAAGAGCAGAGACCCUGGAAGCUGCGAUGGGAAGAAGGCAGAAGGCUCAGGGGCUUUGGACAAAGAAUAGGGCGGAAUCUGCAAGCACUGGGAAGGAUUUCACAGAAGCAAAGCUUCGGCACACAGAGGCGAAUUCUGUCUCUGUGGUGACUUCAUCCCUCAGCAGCUGAGCAGAGAUUUUAAUCAGCUUCCUUAAUGGGUAUUGACACUGCUCAGGAAGCAGUAGACCCUAUCAGGGACAGCUAUUGAUCUUUUGUGUUCUGAUUAGAUUGGAAAAUAGAUCAACUUCAUUGUAGUCCAGGAACUGUUGGUCACAGCUACUAAGAAUGAGGUGAUUUCUGAGGGCUGAGAAAAAACGAGAAUCUUGACCAGCAGCCAGCAGCUGCAUGGUGAAAGAAGGUGCAUUCACUUCUCCUUUGAGGGUUAGGGUUGAGGGCAAACAUAGAACCCAGGGAUGGCUUACAAUCCAGUGUCCCGGAAGCCCUCCUUGUGGAGAACUGUAAGAGGUGGGUGUGUCUAAAGACAAUACCAUUAAUGAAUGUUCUGGCCUUACCUAAAAAGGUUUAGCAAUUUGGGGAUAACUCUUGCUUCUCACUUAUGUGUGUUCACAUGCACAUUUAUGAACCCAGAGCUUUUAAAAUGAGGUCUGGCAUACAGUUGAUUAGAAAUGAAAACUCAGAAACCAAUUGUAUCCUAGUAUAUUAUUCUACUAAAUCAUAUCUUUUGUUUUUCCCCCUCCCUUUUAAUCCCCCAAAGGACCUAUUUGAACCAUUCCCCAAUUCAUCUGCUUAUCAUUUUGGACUGUGAAUCUGCCAGAGUGAUAUUUUCUGUUAUUUCUCCUCCAGAUUUUUCCCUGAUGUUUGCAAUAAAGAUUUACUUGGGUGGCCCUUUAAGGUGACAUCAGGAUGCUCUUAUGUCCUUCCAGAAUAAACAUACACUUCACCCCUCCACAUUCUUAAUUCCUUGUUUUCCUCACUUGAAGCCAAGGGUGCUUUAGAGAGGUGGUUUUCCAUGAAUCAGCCAAGAUUCCUGGAGAAGUUGAAUAUACCAACCACCACCACUGCCCCCUCUUCCAGUUUCAAAGCUCCCCGGCUAUGCUAAUGCCCCCUCAGAGAUGAGGUUUGACUUGUAGGCCCAUAUGACUCCUCCAUGUCCUGGGCAAGGAGACCAUGGGUAGCCAUGUCUGGUUUACUCUGUCCUGAGACUGUUUAUAGCUUAAAACAGAAGUGUGUCUUCCCAGCACAAACUCUGUCAGCGCAUCUGGUGGCAACAGCUCAGCCCAUUCAAAGACCAAGGAUUCAGAAAGGGCACACUGAUAGUGGGGAGCCUCUUAAGAACCUCUAAUGUUCUCCCAAAACCGGAGUUAAGGGUCAGAAUGCAGAUCCUGAACAAGGGACAUGCUAGGGCCAGAAGUAGCUUGACUCUCGCCUAAGUAUCUGUGCCUUUGCCUGUUCUUUCUCCCAUUCUACUGAGCCUGGAACUGAUUCCCACUUGCCUUCUAAUGAAGAGAGGCCAGGUACAGAGAGUUUGGAGGAAAAAGACACCAGGAGGCAGGCUGCGGGGUUGGAGAGGGUUCUGAAAGGAUGCAGCAAUCCAGAAUACCUCCUUUUCUAGCCAGCAUCCCUUGAACUUCUGAAAGUUUGGGUCUACCACUGGCUGGCACACCAGGGCAAUGAUUUCCCUGAAGGAGGAAGAAAUGUUUCACCCUUGCAUUCUUCUUGGAGAAGAUACAGCCUGUGCUUAGUUGAGUGGUUCAUGCUCAGACUUUGGUGUGAACCACUCAACUUCAUUCUUGUCUUUACCUUGACCUUGAUCAACAGGGGUGAAAAGAACCACCGUGGUGUCUCCAUGCCCUCCCAUUUUAGUAGUAGCAUUUUGUGUCUUUCCUCCACCCCUCACCUGAGUUCCACCAAGGUUAACGCAUCAGAUGUAACUUUUUCAGCUGAGUUGUAUGAUUGAUUUUCAGUCCACUGUAAAUACACCUGGGGUGGGGUGGGGUGGGGUUGGGGGUGUUUAGGAAGAGGAAGCCAGACUUGCUUUGUGAACUGAAUGUAUUUUUAUGCAAUUUUGAGUGGCCUUUCAACCCUAAGACGAUUUUGUUUUACUGGUUGUUAUUAUAUAGUAUUGAGUAUUCCGUGUUUGUUUGAAAGUUUGGGAAUAAUAUUCACAUCUAUAUGAUGCCUGUAAACACAACAGUAUUUAUAAAUGAGUAAAUAAAAUUGUGUUUUAACUUUG